UUGUGUUUACACAAAGUGCCAGUAGAUAGAGCGGUUCCUGAGCCAUGGGUCUGCAUGGCCAGCUUCCUGGACUGCCCAGACCUGAAGAGGGCCAACGGCCUGGUGGCGUCCUUGGCCAAGAGCUCCCGCUGGUCGGAGCUGCUGCGUGGCUUGGCUUCAAAGGGGAGCCUGGAGCCAAGUGUGGUGACCUUUGGAGUUGCAAUCACCGGCUGCAGCAGGGCUUCGGCUUGGUGCGCGGCCGCGCGCUUGGCGGAAGUGCUGCUGGAGGUAGGUGUGGAGCCCAGCGUGAUCAGCGCCACCUCGGCUGUUAGCACGUGCGAGAAGAGCAGCGCCUGGCAAUGCGCAGUGCAAUCAUUGAAUGAUCUGUCACUUCGCAGCCUGGAGCCCAACAUCGUGGGCUUUGGCGCCGUGGCCAGCGCCUGCGAGAAGGCCGGGGGCUUCUGGCGCCAGGCGGCCCAGCAGCUGCAGUCCCUGCGCAGGAGGGGCAUCCAGGUCAGCUUAGUGCUCCUCAACGCAGUGAGCUCUGCGUGCGAGAAGGCCUGCGCUUCAGGCACUGACGGCAGCCCCUGGCAGCUUGGCAUCUCGCUGCUGGCCCUGGCGCCAAAGCUGAAGAUGCUGCCAGACGCGGUGUCCCACAACGCUGCCAUCAGCGCCUGUGAAAAGGUAGGCGCCUGGGAGCAGGCACUGGACCUGCUCCAGGACCUGAGGAGGUUGGGACUCCUGAGCACCUUGUCCUUCAACGCUGCCAUCUCCGCCUGCGCCCGGACCUUCCGCUGGGACUUGGCGUUGCUGCUGCGGGAGGACCUCGCCAGCUGUGGGCUGCAGCCAGAUUUGAUCACCUACAGCUCACUGAUCAGCGCUUGUGAGAAGGGCUUAGUAUGGCGGCGCGCCCUCGCCAUCUUCUCGGAGACUUGGCCGCGGAUGGAGCUCUCAUGGGGCGAAGACCCGGGGACGGGCAAGCGCGAGGCGGUCAACAGGGGCAUCAAACCUGACCUGGUGCUUUGCAACGCCGUGAUCAGUGCCUGCGAGAAGGGCCAGCAGUGGGAAAAGGCCUUGUGGCUCGUCAUGACCUUGCGCAAGUUGGGGCCUUCGCCUGACGCAGUCAGCUACAGCGCCGCCAUCAGCGCCUGCUCCAAAUCCGCGUGGCCCUGGGCGCUCUGGCUCUUCACCCACGCAGGAGAUGUGACACUGCCCGCGGCCAGCGCGGCCUUGGGCGCCGUGGCGCGCGCCAGGAGGUGGCAGGUGGCGCUCGCCUUGGCAAGCCUCAUGCGGCAACGAGGCGCCCUUGAUGCGGGGACCUUAGCCCUGGUGGCAGAUGCUUCCGGCAGCUCGGGGCAGUUGCCCGGCAUCAUGGAGGAAGCUCGCGGGUUGCUGCUCCGUCAAGUCCGCAGCGAGAGGAAAAAGUGCGCGGGGCUGACGCCGUCGCCGUCCCUGAAGGAGGUGCCGUUGGACAAGCUGCGCAAUGUGGCGAUCAUUGCGCACGUUGAUCAUGGGAAGACCACCUUGGUCGACCAACUCAUGAAGCAGAGCGGCAUGGGCCUGAAGGUGACGGAGAGGAUGAUGGACAGCAAAGCGCUGGAGCAGGAAAGAGGAAUCACCAUCCUCUCAAAGGCCACCAGGAUAUCCUGGAAUGGCUACGUGUUCAACAUCGUGGACACCCCGGGCCACGCAGAUUUUGGCGGAGAGGUGGAGCGCGUGCUGUCCAUGGUGGAUGGCGUGGUGCUGCUGGUGGAUAUUAUCGAGGGCCCCAAGGCGCAGACCAAGUUCGUGCUGCAGAAGGCCCUGAAGCACGAGAAGAUGAAGCCUCUAGUGGUCAUCAACAAGGUGGACCGGCCCCUGACCCGAGACCCAGGGGAGGUGGAGAACGACAUCUUCGACGUCUUCGCAACGAUGGCGUCCAACGAUGACCAGUUGGAGUACCCCACCCUCUACGCCUCGGGCAAGGCGGGGUUUUGCGCCCGGACACUGGAGGAGGCGAGGUCCGACAGUCGACCCACGGACAUGGCGGUGCUCUACGAGGCGAUCAAAGAUGUGGUGCCCCCGCCGUCGCCGCAGGAGGCAGACCCAGCGGUGGUGGCGGCGGACGAGAAGUGCAAAGGCUUCUCCAUGCUCGUGUCACAGCUGGACAGGCUCCCGGCUUUGGGCCCGACGGUGACCGGGAAGGUCUUCAGUGGGCAGAUUCACAAGGGGGACAAGAUCAGCUGCAAGAACUUGCAGGGAGAAGUGGUGGCCUCUGGCAAAGUGAAGGAGAUCACGGUGGUGCUGGGCGUGACGAGGGAGCCCGUGAAGAUGGCCAAGGCGGGGGACAUCGUGUCCAUCAGCGUGCAGGGCUUUAUGCCCAAGUGGACCCAGACCUUGGUGUCCCACGCCAAGGUUCCUCCGGUCCCGUGUCAGCCGAUCGACCCGCCGAUCUUGGCGGUGCGCGCGUCCGUGAACGACUCCCCCCUGGCUGGCAAAGAUGGGAAGUACAUCACCUUGAACGCCAUGGGGGAACGGCUCGAAAAGGAGGCGCUCACGAAUCCGGCCAUUGAGAUCGCGGCCUCGCCGAACCGGGACUACUUCGAGAUCCGAGGCCGGGGGGAGAUGCAGCUGGGGAUCCUCAUCGAGGAGAUGCGUCGCGAGGGCUACGAGAUGUCCUUGUCGCCGCCCUCCGUGGUGAAGUCUGUAAGUGAGGACGGCACCACCAUGGAGCCUUGGGAGGAUGUGCAGAUUGAGGUGGACCUCAACCACGGCAGCCAGGUCAUCGAGCGUAUGUCUGGCCGCAACGCCAAGAUCGUGGACAUGAACACGGUCGGGGACCGUCAAGUGAUCCGCUUGGAGGCUCCGACCUCCUCCAUGCUGGGCCUUCGAAGUUGGCUUCGGGAGAUCAGCGGCGGCACGGCCAUCGUGGUGUCGGAGUUCAAGGAGAUGCAGCCGCUAGGCCCGCCGGCACCUCGAGACAGGAACGGCGUGCUCUGUGCCAACACCGCGGGCAUUGCCACCGCUGUUGACUUGGGCAAGGCGGCGCGGCUGGGGAAGCUCUUCAUCGGCGACGGCUUUGAAGUGUACCCAGGCAUGAUCUUUGGGGAGAGCAAUGGCCAGCUCGACAUCGACACCAACAUCUCAAGGAAGCACGACGGGUACACCUCCGCUUCUGGGUACUCGCCCCCGGCGGAGAAGCGUUUAGAGGAGGCGCUGAGCUACAUCCUGGAGGACGAGAAGCUGGAGGUCACACCCAAGCGCAUCGUCAUGCGCAAGGCCAUCCUCGACGCCAACGAGCGCAGAGUGGCGGCUAAGGCAGCAGCCAAGCGGUGA